AUCUAAAAAAAACAGGUGUGGUUAUGAAGCAUAAGUAAUAUGUCAUUUCGUUGAACAAUAUUUUAUUUUUUGUUUACCUAUGUUUAAAAAUAAUAGGUCUUUCAAAUAAAAUUGAUAAACAACAAAAUGUGUAGCUCCCAAUUUUUACUUCCUUUUAUUAUUUUUAAUAUUUUCAUCAAUAUUUCAUAUGCAUUGAAUUGCUAUCAAUGUUCAGGAAAUGAUUCAAACAAACCAUUUCAAUGCAAUGAAUGGUUGUCUAGUGAUAUAGACAUUAAUCCAGAACCUUGUGACAGUAUUUUUGGCGCAAAAUACUGUAUAAAACAUGUUGGCAGAUUUGAAGCUUUCUGUAUAAAGUGCUACCAAUGUUCUUCUUCAAAAACAAUUGAUUGCUCAGAUGGAAUGAUUCACAUGGGUGGAUUAAAGCCUCAAAGUUGUGAUGAUGUUUUUGAAGCCAAAUAUUGCAUAAAAUCUACUAGUCUCGAUGGAGGCAUAGGAGCUAAAAGAUUUUGUUCUUCGUUAGAUCUUGGAAACUAUUGUAAUUAUGUAAAACAGCCUGGAGAUUCUUUAACUUAUCGAACAUGUGUGUACACCUGUACAGGAGAAGGUUGUAAUCCUGCAAAUACGAAAAAACCGUAUUCUUCAUUAUUGUUGUCAGUUACAACUUUAUUAAUGUUACGAUUUAGGUAGUCUAAUUUUGGAUAUGUCAAAAUUGACAAUCGUAUCUAGCAUAAGAGGCUUUUAUAUAAUGUAUUCCGUCCAAAGUCAGUAUUUUAUAAACAUAUUUUUACAUUAUAAACUCAUAUUUACACGGAAUUAAAGUGGUAGAUGUUUUUUAAAUUGAUUUUUUUCAAUUCCUUUUCAAAUUAAUCGACCGUUAUGAUUUUUUAUGCAUGGAUAGCUUAUAUGUAAUGCUAGGCCUUUUAGUUAUAGACUUAGGGAAAAAAUAAGACUUUUAUUUUGUAUGAAAAAUUGCACUUCAUUCAAUAAUUACUUUUUACACAUAUUUGUUUAUAAUUCUUCUCUGAUAAAAGUCCAAUAUCUUGCUUCUUCUAGAUCCCCAUCUUGAAUAUAAUAGUUUAUUGUUAGUCAUAAAUUGAGUUCCAAAAAGGGACUUCGGUCAACAAAAAUGGUCCGUAAAUAUGCUUUCACUAAAAGAUACAGAUACCAGAUAAGAAUUUUUUGUGAGGGUCCAAUAAAGACCUUAUCCGCAACCUGGUAUGGUAAAGGUCAGGCUAACCAAACAAGAUCCUUAUCGAGAUAAUGUUUUGAUUAGGAUUACUUUACAUAGUUCUAACCAGGACUGCUAAUCAUGAUUACCUAGUAUGUGAGGAUUUCUAAAACCAUUAAAAUAUUGACUUUGUAAAGAAAUCCAUUAUAAUGCAUUUAUGAGUCUAUUUUAGUCGGUUGCAGCAGUUAAAUGUUGAAAAUCUUAUGACCAACUUUAAGGGUGAUCUAGACCUACUAAACAAGGAUAUUGUACAUCGGAAAAGCCUUACUGGCUCGACUAUAGAAGGGCUUCACAGUGAAAAGGUUAAGCUGUUCAUUUUGAUCUCUCUGGUGGUAAUUUACCAUAUAUAAAGGAUUUAAAUAAAUUGAAAAACGUUUACUGAUGCCGACUUUAUUUAAAAAUAAAAUCUACUCGAUAGUAAAAAUGCAUAAACAUCUAACAGUAGAUAAAAAAAAUAUGAAAAAAUAGCUAUUUUCACGAAACAUUUUACAUCCAUAUUAAAAAUAUCAAAUCUUCACAUUUUUUAUAAUUUAUUCGUUUAUCAAGAAGAUUUAAUAAUUUUUUUUCUUCGACACAAACAAUUUUCUAAUCCUAUUUAAUACUGCUUGUGCUUAUUUAUUAUUACAAUCUCUUCAUCAGUAAGUAGGUCUGUUUGACCUAAUAAAUGACAAUUAGAAUAUAAAAAACUUGAAAAUCUGUCAUAUUAGACUAUUUUCUCAUCCCUUUGCGCAUUAAUUCUCCUUUCGUAUCAAAUUUAUACUUUCUCAUCAAUAUACUUUGAUAAUAAUUGUAAUUUUUAGAUUGUUUAUUAUUAGGGGAUGUAAUCACAAAAUGAUUAAUACAUUUAGACACAAUUUGGGAUAAUAAUAAAUCAAAAUUCUAAUCCUUCACAUUCUAUUCACCGGAUCUGAUUCUCAGUGAAUUUUUCCUGUUUCCUAACUCUAAAAGUGAGAUAUUUUCAUACAAAGAGUUCUAAUGGUUCGUUAUCAAGUCAAACUGCAUACAUCACUAUCAUCGAAUAAUAUUGAACUGCAAAAAUUUUUAUAGCGUUCCUUUUGCAUGAAAACACAAAAAAAUGAAUUAAUUCAAUUGUAGCUUAUUUAAUUUGGCUUAUUUUUUAUUUUUAUUUCAUUUUUCUGAAUUUUUUGUUAGAAUAAAAUAGCAGAAU